CAUCUUUACUGGUCACCUCUCUCUCUCUCUCUCUCUGAGGACUAGGGACGAGAUCUGGCCGCGUCUUUUUUUUUUUUCCCUCUCUCGUACAGGCCCUCUCAAAAGGGUCGUCUCCUCAGAAUCUCCAUCUCUGGGAUUCAGGAUUUUGAAAGGCUGUUUCCUUUGAGACCAUGGGUGUGGAGGUUGUAUCUGAUGUGGCCAAAGUACCCAUGGAGAAUGCGAGUGAAGGAAACAGUUCUUUUGGGCAUGAAAAGGAAAAUGGGAAGCUGAGCCAGGUACCAGGUGUUAUCCAGCCCAUUAAAUUUGGUUCGCAAGGAAGAGAUGAUCAAAUCAAAGGACAAGGAAAUGAUGUCUCAGAAGCCAACCUUCCCAAGGAUGCAGUUGACGAGUGGCCUGAGCCUAAGCAGAUACAUACUUUCUAUUUUGUCCGUUAUCGGUCAUAUGAUGAUCCAAAAUUGAAAGCUAAAAUUGAUCAAGCUGACAAAGAGAUUCAUAAGAAGAAUCAAGCUCGUUUCCAGAUCAUUGAAGGAUUGAAGGCUAAAAGGUCAGAUAGAGCACAGGUGAUUUCUCAGUUGAAGUCUCUGACUGCUGAGGAUAAGCAGUACAGAAUGGCCAUGGAUGAGAAGAGAAAAGACAUGGAACCUCUGCAGCAGGCCCUGGGCAAGUUGCGUAAUGCAAACAAUGCUGGCCGGGAGAAGGGUUUUGGUUUGUGUUCAUCUGAGGAAGAGCUUGAUGAGCUUAUACAAAGCCUGAAUCAUCGCAUACAACAUGAGAGCAUCUCGUUGAAUGAGGAGAAACAAAUUAUUAGAGAAAUCAAUCAACUUCAAGGGACAAGGGAAAAAGUUAUUGCUAAUGCUGCUAUGAGGGCUAAGAUCCAGGAGUCACUAGGGCAGAAAGAAGCAAUUCAAGAUCAGGUCAAACUCAUGGUUGGUGAUCUUGAUGGAGUAAGGAAGGAACAGCAUGUUGUUAGGGCGAAAGUAAAAAAACUUGAGGAAGAACUGAAGGCCAUAGACAAUGACAUUAAUUCUUUGCAAGAGGAGCUGUCAAUUGUGUCACAAAAAAGGGACAAGGCCUAUGAAACUUUUCAGGAGCUGAGAAAACAGCGUGAUGAGGGGAAUGGACACUUUUACCAGAACCGGGCACUUCUGAAUAAGGCCAGGGACUUCGCCUCAAAGAGGGAUCUUUUGGCUCUUGAAGAACUGUGUCACACAGAGAUGGAGAAAUUUAUGUCCCUGUGGAGCAGCAACAAGGCUUUUAGGGAUGAUUAUGAGAAAAGAAUUUUGCCAUCUCUAGAUAGUCGACAAUUGAGUAGAGAUGGACGAAUGAGAAACCCAGAUGAGAAGCCUUUGGUGCCACCAGUGGCACCAACACAUUUGGAAACAGAGACGAUUGCAAAAGCCAAUGUAAAGCAGCCAAAGGAAGAUUUGAAAUCUCCUCCCAAACAUGAUACUUUACCCACACAGAAGGUCCAGAAAGAAGCAAAUAAAACACUAGCAGCAGAUUCAGCAACUACACUGGAGCAUGCUGAGAAAGAAACCAAGGAGAAAACUUCUGGGCUUGAAAAGGCACAAAAUAACUCUACUGUGGAUAAUGAAGUUGACGCUGCAAAGUUGAAGGAGAUGAAAAGAGAAGAAGAAAUUGCAAAAGCUAAGCUGGCCUUGGAAAGAAAGAAGAAGUUGGCUGAAAAAUCUGCGGUAAAAGCGGCUAUGAGAGCUCAGAAAGAAGCUGAAAAGAAGCUUAAGGAAAUUAUUACUCUGCUGAUAUAUGCAAUUCAUUGACCUUUUUUCUGUGCGGAAUUUUAGAGCUGAUGGAACUUUCUUAUUGCAGGAGCGUGAAAAGAAAGCAAAGAAAAAGGCUGCUGCAUCUGUGACUGCUAGCAAUCCCGAGGAGCCAACUGAACCUGGUGUAGAGGCUGCCAUACAAGAGAAGGAUGGUGUCAACACUGAAGCACCAGUUCCAUCCAAGAGUAAGGAUAAUAAAGAAAAUAGCGCUAGGAACAGAGGUCGACCAAGAGGCAGCAUGGAUUCACGUCCUAAAGUCAUUCCCAGGCGUAAGAAGCCAAUGAACUACUGGGUAUGGGCAGCACCUGCUGCUGCUGUGAUUGUUGUGCUGCUGCUAGUACUUGGAUACCAAUAUCUAUAUCUAUUUUGAAGAAGUAAACUAGAAUUAAUUAAAGGACUGGGGAACCAAUUUUCCUUCUUUUGGAUGGGCAUGCCAGCGACAGGUCCUGUAGUAUUAAAUAUAAAGGUAAUUUUGUUCGUUGCAUCCUUUAAGGGGAUGGACUUUGAAUCUCAUAAUGUUGUUUGUAGCUCAUGUAGUCCCUCAUAUUUUACCAAAAUGAGCAGAACAUACACAAUCAUGUUUCGACUUUUGACUGGUGUAUUUUAAAGCUUCUGACUUUGAUAAAUUUUUUCUUUGAAGAAUGAAUGUUACUCAAAAUAUUUGCUUUU